UUUAAUUUAUUGAUACUAUUAUCACAUUAAAUUAGUACGAAUAUUUAUUUUACAAUUGAAAAAUUGUGUCAGUACCACCGAAACCUCAAUAAGUUUUGGUAUAUACAAGGUGUUACAAUGGGUGCUAAAAGUUUAUCCGGGGAAGCAGUUAAUGUAUAUGAGAAAAAUUCUUCGAAAAAAGAACAUGAGAAAAUAUAUGUGUGGCCAAGUAUAGUAGUGAUAGGUUUUUUCCACUGCGUUAGUGUAUAUAGUUUGUGGCUUAUAUUUACAUUUCAAGUAAUGUGGAAAACCAUUCUUUUCAAUUGGAUUUAUUUAAUAUUUACAAUACUCGGAACAACAGCUGGGUCACAUAGACUGUGGGCACAUAGGUCGUACAAAGCAAAACUACCUUUACGUAUAUUUUUGGCUUUGGCGCAAAGUGCGGCGUUCCAAAAAACCAUAUAUGAAUGGGCGAGAGAUCACAGAGUACAUCAUAAAUUUAGCGAUACUAAUGCCGAUCCCCACAACGCCACUAGAGGAUUCUUCUUUUCUCAUAUGGGAUGGCUCUUGGUCAGAAAACAUCCAGAUGUUAUAGCAAAGGGUAAUACCAUUGAUUUAAGUGACGUGACUGCAGACCCUGUAGCUAUUUAUCAAAAAAAAUACUACUUGCCACUCAUUUUAAUUUUGUGCUUCCUUCUGCCCUCUUAUGUGCCCUAUUAUUUUUGGAAAGAACAGUUUUCAAAUGCUUUUACUGUCAAUGUAAUGAGGUUUAUUAUUGGAAUUAACCUAACUGGCAGUGUUAACAGUAUAGCUCAUAUGUGGGGCUACAGACCUUAUGAUGCAUCUAUGCAACCAUCAGAGAGUUUGUUUUGUUCGCUGAUAACUUGUGGCGAGGGAUGGCAUAACUAUCACCACGCUUUUCCAUGGGACUACAAAACAGCCGAACUAGGCUUUACCCCAAUAAAUUUUACCACAGGUUUUAUCAAUUUCAUGGCAUUUAUCGGCCAAGCUUACGAUCUGAAAACAGCGUCAGAAGCGUUAAUCAAGCGAAAGGCAACGAAUAAAGGAGAUGGAUCUUGGAAAAACCUAAAAAGCAUUGACCAUACUCCUGAAAAUAGCAUCUAGGGUUGAGACCAUAAAGACAUGGAUGAGAAAGAUAUAAAAGUAACAAAAAGUGAAUAUAUCUAGAAAGGAAAAUAUUUUUGUUUUAUUAAAUAAAUACGAGUACAUUAUUCAAUAUAACUGUUAUAUAACAAAUCCUUUUUUAAAUAAAAAUAA